CACCGUCCGAUCAUCAUAAUCUCUCCUAAUCCAUCAAGGCAAAUACCAGCCCACUAUAUAAGCCCAAAUUCAACGCAACGCCACUUCCCAAAAAUUUCCAUUCUUUCACAAAUUCCAAGGCAAUUAUUUUUCUUCUUCUUUUCUUUUUACACUUUCAAAUCAAAUUCGCCCGUCAUGAGAUUCAAGAAAGGUAGCAAAGUUGAGGUAUUGACCAAGGAGGAGGUCUCAACCAGCGCGUGGCGGUGUGCCGAGAUUAUCUCCGGCAACGGUCAUACGUACAGCGUCAAGUACGGUUGGUUUCCGAACACUGGUGAGGCGGCAGCGGUCAAGAGAGUCCCUCGGAAAGCGAUUAGGCCUUGCCCUCCUCCGGUAAACGGGACCAAUGAUUGGGUUUCUGGCGAUGUCGUAGAGGUGUUCGACGAAUUGUGUUGGAAACCGGCGGUGAUAGUAAGGGUUUUCAGUGAAAACAACUUUUUUGUUAGGAUUCUUGGAUCGAAUAGCGAACUCAGUGCACAUAAAUAUCGAUUGCGUGUUCGACAAUCUUGGGAAGAUGGCAACUGGUUCCUCAUUGGAAAAGGUUCGUCAAAUUUCACAGGGCCGCCGAGGAGAAAAAGAUCUUUGCCUGGCUUUUCGAAUGUUGGUGGGCAGAAGAAGAGGAUCACUGAAAAAGGUGGUGUUGGUGUUCAAAGAAUAAUUAUUCGGCUUCCUUCGCCGGCCUCUGAAAAGGUAGAUGCAUUUGUUUCCCCCAAAAAUAUAUUGGGUGAAAUAUGUAAGCCACCUUCUUGUUAUAGAAUUGAUGAUACCAUGAGUUGCGCGUCGUCUGUUGGUAGUUGUAGUGGUUUAGGGAACAAUGAUCAUAACUUGUCUCGUAGUUUUGUAACAAAUGGUUGUGAAGACUUGAAGGAUUAUUGUAGUGACGCAGACUCGUAUUCUAAGCAGAGAUGUGGAGGAGGAUGUUCAGUUUCCACUAGUGUGAAAUUGGGAACAGAUUAUCAUAGUUCAGAGCUACAGGCCUAUCAGCAGGCUCUUAGAGCAUUGCAUGCUUCUGGGCCUUUGACUUGGGAAGAAGAAGAAAAGAAAUCUCAUGGUCAAUGUUGGAGGCACCCAUAUCUUGCUUCUAAAGCCAUGAUAGGGUUGAGUUUUGUCAUCUUUGCAGUUGACCAGGGGGCAAUAUCCAUGGUUUUUUCCUAAAGGAACUCUUAAUCCCUGCUGUUGGUAUGAGUUAUUUUUAAAAUUUGAUUUAUAUAUGGAGAUGCUAGUAUUUGUCAUUGUAUCUCUUGUUGCAGAUUAAAACAGGAUAAUCUUAAAAGAUGCCCUACAGUUUUAACAUGUAAAUUAAUUCUUCUUUUUUUUUUAAACAAUACAUGAAAAUUUAAGUUAUAAUGCAGGUUGGAUGUAUAGUAAAUCUGCUUUCUCUCGUUCAAAAUCUUCUAACCUUAAAUGCUUGAAUGUUGACAAGAAUAUGUUACCAUCUCUUAACUGUACACAUACAAUUUUGGCCUAUUGGGUGCUACAUUUGAUCUUACUGUCUCUGCAUGUAAACAAGUUUUUACAUUCUGAUGAUUUGAUGAUAUUUUUCUAGUUAAAUAGCUAUGGUUACAUACUAUGAUCAAAUGGUGUUCUAACAUCAUAGGUGGUUGCUUGAUUUAGUUAGAUGGGUACUCAUAAGUCCCUUUGAUGAACUCCAAGUUCGAAAAUAUUUCCCUGCUCAUGAGUGUAAUGUGCUGUAAGGGUUUUAUUUUUUUUUCCUUGCGUAAUACUAAAUGUUUUCAUCUUUAUGAAUUUUGCAUGACAAAAAUCCAUGCUGUAGUUGACAUGUACUUUUCCCCUAAUAAUGUAUAGUGGAUGAGAAUCCAUGCUGCGGGUAGCAUGAAGUUAUCCCCUAAUCAUGUACGGUGGCUGAUGCAUUGAAAGACUUGUCAAUGAGAAGAGUGUCUGUUUAUAUAUUCAGAUAUUGGAUUCCUAAACAUUCUUGUUGAAUGCAGCAGCCAUGGACUCAAAGAGGUGAUUUGGUUCAUAUCUUUUAAUAUCAGCUUUGUACUUCCAAUUGGUAAGAUUUUUUUGCUAUUUGCAUUGGCAUUUUCUGUGAGAUUAGGGGGUGGUAAUUUACGGUUGUCCAUCAUUUUAGUAUUGGGUAGGGCUGUGCAAAAGCAAACUAAGAAAAUCGACACUAACUGAGGUGUUCGGGUUGGUUUGAUUCAGUUUUUGACAGAAAUUUAGUUUGUCUGGUUUGUUUUUCUCCAUCAGACACUGAAAAAUGCAAAUUAACCAUAUUGUUAAAGAAGCCCCCAAAAAUAAGCCAGAUUUUGGAAUUGUUUAGUGGAUGUAGCUCAAACACAUUGCAUUACAAAUAAAUGAUCAAAUUCAACUCAAUUUAUUGUUUAAACCGAAAGGCCCAACCAAACCAAAAUUUCAAAUCUAAUUCAAUUUACUUGUGUAAUUAAAAAAUGUAUACAAUUAAGUUGGGGAAACCAAAAGCAAAAUGUGAAAGAAUCCUAACCCUAAGCCACUUUUUAUUUUUCAUCUUCUCUCUAAAUCCCCUCUCUCUAGUUGCUGCUCACUGCCCUCUUGGUCAGCACUCGUACUUUUCCAGAAAGCCGUUACACACCUCCUAGCUUGGAUUUCUGUGGGUUGUCCCCCUCAAACUGUUGCGUUGCAUUGUCAAUGUCUUCCCCCAUGUGCCAUGGGUUUUUCCUCCAUACCAGCCUUCCUCCAAUGAGCACCAUGGUCUUCAAGAAGCUAUCCAUAAGGUGCUAAACGAGAAAAAGAAAUCACAUGGUGUUAUGUUGAAAAAGCUGGAAGCCACAAGGAGUAUAGGUGGGGUUAGAGUCUACCUUUAUUUUUAGUAGAAAGUUUUUAGUUCUCUAUCUUCCACAUGUAGUUUAUAAAUUUUAGCCAAUGGUAUAUUAUGAUGUUUAUUUGGUUUUGGUUUGAGGAUUGUUUUCUUAUACGAAAUGUGUGGUAGCUGAACUUUAGUUUCAUUUUAUUAAAAAACUAGAUUCUUUGGUAGAAAAAAUAAAGAGAAAUGUUAACUAUAUAUAUUUUUUAAUCUGGUUUUUGCUACUGCUACUAGCUUCUAACGCUUAUUUCUCUCAUAAUAGGUUUGUAUAUUUCAAAAAUUGUUGCCACUAUUUGCUCAAAAUAUUAGAUUAGAAAAGCUGAUUGGAUUUGGUUAUGUUUCUUUUAGUGAUUUCAAUAGUUUUUUAUUUUUAACUUGCCAUUUAACAUGUUCUGUUUGGUCCUUUUUUUAAAUAGUUGGUCGUGUUCAACUGCAUUAAGCAAUCCCCUCCAUCGCUUUUGCCCGAGACCAAAAGUGCUUGUGACCUUUCAUUUUGUUGAGUAUGAAUGAAAGAUGAAGCAUUUUUCUGUUUUCAUUAUAAGUUCAUAUUUCCUCUUUUAUUUUUUUUCCCUUAAUAUUUGAGGAAGUGGAAGGUGGAAACAAUUUCACCAGUAACAACCAUUCCACUGACUAUGUAAUUUUGUUUUGCAUUUAUUGAUUUUAGUAUUAUAUCAUGGAAUUUGGAUUAUAGUUGAAGUAUAUGCUCCCAUACAGUUGUUUUGAAUUGAACUUGCCUUGUGGUAGGCUGAUAUGGUUCGGCUCAUGUGGACCCUAUUUGGUGACUUCUUGUCGUUGUAAGUUUGUUGCUUUAUUGAGGCUUGAUAUUUUUUUCUUGUUUGUUCUUUUGUUUGGAUAGUUUUUAAAUUGUGGUGUCUGUUGAUGAAUUGAUGUGAAAUUCUUGUGGUGUUUAUUGUUGGAAAGCUUAGAAAUUUGUAGUCUUUGUCAAGGAACAGCUUUGCCCAUGCUCUUAAUAUUUCAAAUGAUGAUAUUUGAAGGAGCUAAGAAAAUUGAGACAUGAGGAAAAUAGCUUUUUUUUUAGUUGUUUUUAGAUUUAAUGAAUUACUUUUCUAUUUGGUUAUGCAAUAAUGUUAUAUCUUAGUUCAAUGGUGCAGAUAUAUAAAGAUACUAGAUAGUUAAUUUUUGUAAAUGGUUUAUUUGUUUCAUGUCCUGUCCUUAUGCUAUAAGUUUUCAUUCUUUUUCAUUUUCUUUCUCCCUUACCAAUUUUGUAGUGGUAUGUUAUUAGUUGGAUCGUCUGUGGGACAUUAUUAAAUAAUAGCAUUUAAAUGCAAAGAUGUAAAUACAUUUUAGUGAUUGGGAAGGAUAUCCAAUAAGGAAUGCCACUGUAUAAAUAUUCAAGUUGCGGAAAUAAUAAUGGGUAUAGCUUGGUUACUCAGCUAUAUUUAAGUUUCAACAGAUUUUGUGUCGAAAUUUACUUCUACAUAGUGCCGGCAGGUUUAUGCAUUUCAACUGGAAUUGUAUGUAUUUGCAGUUUUAUAUAUACGUUGUAAAUCAUCUCAUGAUGGUGGGUAUGAAUAUUAUACUUGCUUUAUUUUUGCAGUAUAUGGAAUUUAUGUUGAGGAAUGUCUUGAUGCUUUCUCAGAAAAUCUCAUGGCCAAUGUUGGAAGCAUCCAUACCCUGCUUCUAAAGCCAUGAUGGAGUUAAGUUUGUCAUCUCUUGCAGUUGACCAAGGGGCAACAUUCAUGGUUUAUUCCCUAAAGGAUCCCUUAAGCCUAGCUGUUGGUAUGACUUUUUUUUUUAAUAAAUGUUUCAGAUAUGAUUUAUCUAUGAAAAUGCUGGUAUAGGUCAUUCUAUUUCUUGUUGCAGAUAAAUCAAGAUUAACUAAAAGGUGCCCUCCAUUUUUAGUAUGUAAAUUAAUAGGUUGCAGUUGCACUUAUAGAAAGAGAAUUCUUUUAUUUUUUGGGGUCAAUACAAGAGAAUUAAAGUUGUAAUAGUUGGAAAAUGUUUUUAUCUCUGGAUUGUGCAUAUCCAAUAAUGGAACAUUUUUGGCUGGAUAAUUAUUAAUUGGCUCUAAACCUUGCUCCACAUUUUCUCUUUUUCUCUCUAUGCAAUGACUUCUCGCAUUAAAUGCUUGAGUAUCGACAAGAAUAUGUUAUUAUCCUUGAACCGCAUAUUUGGCCUUCCAGGGCUGCAUUCUAACUCUGUGAUUCUCUGGAAAAACAAGUUCAUGCAUUCUGAUUAUUGAUGAUACUGGUCUAUUUAAUAUCUAUAUUUACAUACUAUGACCAAAUGAUGUUCUAACUUCACAGUUGGUUGUUUGAUUUUGUUAGAUGGGUACUUCUAAGUCCCUUCAAUGAACUCCAAGUUUGAAACUCUUCGUGUCCAUGAGAGUGAUGUACUGUAAGAGAAACAUUUUUCUUGCGUAAUAUAAUACUAUAUAUAUUAUUUUUCAUGUAUUCUGCAUGACGAAAAACCGAUGCUGUCCUUUUCCCCUAAUGAUGUUCAGUGAAUGAGAAUCUGUGCUCCGGGUAACAUGUUCUUUUCCCCCAAUCUUGUACUAUGGGUGAUGUGUGGAGAGGCUUGCAUGGAUUGAUGUUUGACAAGAAGAAUAUUUGUUAUAUAUUCAGAUUUUGGAUUCAUAGUCAUUGUUGUUGGAUUGAGCCAUGGACUGAAAGAGUUGCUUCAGUUCAUAUCCUUUGGUAUGAGGUGGGUUUCUUUCCAAAUGGUAAGUCUUGUUAGCUAUUUACCAUUUACAUGUGUCAUGCCACCUUUGGCAUUUUCUUUGAGACUGGGGAGUGGUGGUUUAAGGUUUUACAUCAUUUUAUUAUUGGAACAUUUUGGGAUUUUGGAUUUUAACUAGUGUGAAUGUUAAAGUGAUAGAAUAUAUAGGUGUGUGUGUGUAUAUCUAUACACACACACACACACACACUUUAGUUGUUGUGAAAAACCCUGAUGCCUUACUUGAUGUAGUUCAUAGAUUUUCAACUGAAGAGUAUUGAUAAGAAAUAUCAAAAUUUUUUUAUCUAUUCUUGAAAAGUUUCUACAAACUGAUUUCUUGAACAAAGUUGUCUAGCAUCAGUAGUGCGUUAUAUGAAAAUGGUUCUAUAUUUUAAAUGGCUAUGCUUUAGACAUUGAUUACGCUAUGCUCUUAAUAAACUGUUUCAAUUGCCACUAGUUGUUUAAAUAAAAUUCUGUUGGUUACAGUAAAACAUUCUGUUAGCAAUAUUUAGCAGCAUAAGGAGCAGGGUAGUCCGGGAGUAAUGCUGAUGAUCUCCAUAAUAACACUUCCUUUGUGAGUAAAAGCUGAAGGCUUGAGAAUAUUGACGGUUGCCAACAUCACCUGAAUACUGUGAGUGAUACUUGCAUGGAGAUUGUAAUUCUAUAAUUAGGCAUUGAUUUGUCUUUGAAAACAUUUUGUAAUAGAAUAAUGAAUACAUAUAUUCUCUAACUAAUCUAUCUCGUGGAAUCUAAUUGGUCUCAUCU